AUGGUGUUAAAAGCACGUUACAUUAUUUUUGCUAAGGAUUCGAAGACGUUCAGCAGAUCUUAUAUAAAAUUAACUAGAGCUACAUCAUGGGACCCAAACGCGAAAAUUGUGAUUGUGAUGAAAUAUCUCAGUUAUAGCGAUAUAAAGGAAAUUUUCGAUUUGCUUCUGGAACUGCACGUGGUCAAUGUUUUACUACUUAAUGAUACAGCAACCGUCGAUCUGUUCACAUAUAACCCGUACGAAAACUAUAGAUGUGGUAGACAAUACGACAGAAUAAUUGCAUUUGGACAAUGCAUCGGACAGUCGGAGGAUAAGGAUCUAUUUUAUAAUAAAUUGAUAACGGGCCUAAAUCGAUGUACAUUCAGGGUCACGUAUACCCAUUUCCCACCACAUGCUAUCGACCCUUCGUCUAGCGAGUUCUCGUUACCGGGCAUGAACCAAUACAUACUCUCGAUAAUAGCGGACAAAGAGAAUUUCACUAUAAAUGAUACAUAUAAAUACAAUGCUGAUGAAUUUUCAAUAAUUGUCAAUGGUUCGAUAGCCGUUGGCCCUCUCAGGGCAUUGCAGACGAACAAGACCGACGUAGUGGUCGGAGUUAUGCUGCUAACGGGCCCGAGAUCGCGAGUGUUUAGCUAUAUCAGCGAUAAUUACAUUUCCAUAGAUUACAUUGUUAUUCAAGUCGCUCGAGCACAGGCCGGGGAACUCAGCAAUAUUCUAGACGAGUUCCGCGGCAUAGUGUGGCUUUCGUUACUUCUCGUUUUCGUGCUCUACUCAGCACUAUUUUUAUUAAUAAACAGAAACGAAAGCAAAGGUGUCAUUUUACUUAAACUGUUUGGGUAUCUCCUACUUCAGAGCAGCCAGAUAAGAGGAGGCAAUAAGUCACGAUUCGUCUUGAUAUUCUGGAUCGUGUUCGCGUAUCUCAUGAAUUGUUACUACCUAUCGAAUUUGGUGAGCUUCAUGACCAACCCGAUUUUGGAAUAUCAGUUAGCGAGCGAUAAAGACAUCAAGAGCCAUAACUUAAAACCCUGCAUCAGUCGGUCAGUACGGCAUAUAGUUUAUAAUAUACUUAACUUCACGUAUCCGAAUGCAGAUGAAAAGAAAUGUGACGAUGAGCUCGAGAGCAUUAGAAUAGUCCGUAGAGAGAGGAACAAGUUCACUGUUUCCCUGUUAUCCAUGUAUAAGUAUUACGAAACUGACUUAUACGACGCACACGGUAAACCAACAUUAUACACGAUCUCGCCACCGAUCACAAAGAUUAUCUAUGCCACUUACCUGUUCAAGGGGUUCCCUAUGCAUAGCAAAUUGCAGGAAUACUACCUUCGCGUUGGAGAGGUUGGGUUACUGUCUCAUCAUUUAAGUAGACUUCAGGCGGAGAGAUGUUGCCAGCAGCAUAUCGCCAGCAACUCCGCAACACAGUGA